UAUAGAAUAAUAUCAUCCCAGGUUAUUUCUCAGUUGAGGAUCUUGAGUAAAUCUGUAACAGCUGGUUGCAAAUUUGAUCGAGAAAUCUGGUCUAAUGAACUUUCUCCAGUCCUCAAUCUCUGGAAGAAACUAAACCAGAAUUCAAACCUGAUUCAUCAGAAGAUAUCUCCUCCUAGUGAGCAACAAGGAUCUCCAAUAUUAUCAUUCAUUAUUCUUGAACAAUUUAAUGCCAUUCGCUUAGUGCAAAGUGUUCAUCAGUCUCUUGCUGCUCUCAGCAAAGUCAUCAGAGGAACUACCUUACUGAGCUCAGAAGUACAAAAAUUGGCAAGUGCUUUAUUAAACCAAAAGUGUCCUCUCACAUGGCAGAGCAAGUGGGAAGGCCCAGAGGAUCCCCUACAGUACCUGCGAGGUCUCAUAGCCCGUGCCCUGGCCAUACAGAACUGGGUAGAUAAAGCUGAAAAACAGACUCUUCUCUCUGAUACUCUUAAUCUGUCAGAGCUCUUCCAUCCAGACACAUUUCUUAAUGCUCUUCGCCAGGAAACUGCAAGGGCAAUGGGUCAUUCUAUGGAUAGCCUUAAAUUUGUAGCCUCAUGGAAAGGUCGACUUCAAGAAGCAAAGCUACAAAUUAAGAUCAGUGGCUUACUACUGGAAGGAUGCAGUUUUGAUGGGAACCGACUUUCUGAAAAUCAGCUUGAUUCUCCUAGCGUGUCAUCAGUUCCACCCUGUUUUAUGGGCUGGAUUCCUCAGGGUGCCUACGGGCCGUAUUCUCCUGAGGAGUGCAUCUCCUUGCCUGUGUGCACGAGUGCCGAGCGGGAGCGUGUGGUGACCAAUAUUGAUGUUCCCUGCGGGGGCAACCAAGACCAGUGGAUCCAGUGUGGAGCGGCUCUGUUCCUAAAAAACCUGUAGGAUCUAACGACAACAAGUCUGUCUUAACACAAUGGAACAUUUAUUGUUUAAGCUUUAAAGAAAAUGUGGUCAGUCUAUAUUGCUGAUUAGUUCAGAACAUUAGCAUGUGGUUACUUUAUGUUGUUAAUCUGUUAGGUUUUCAUUUUGAGGUGUAAUAUAAACACUGUACAUCUUUUAAAGUAAUAAUUUAAUGGAGUUCAUGUUAAAAUGUAGUAUUUCUUUGAAAACAUUAAAUAUUUUUAUGAGACAGCUCACUUUUCUGGUAGUUCAAAAAUCUCGGUAAGAGAUUUAAAAUGGUGUAUGAAAGUGAUCAAUAAUAAAUAUUUUGACUAUCA